GGCGUUCCGUUUCUUUUCCACUGUCCAAAACAGGCGAGAAAAACGCGGCGUUUUUUGGAAUAUGAAGUAAAGAAUAUAGGAGAGGCCGCUAAGGGUUGAAGCAGCGAGAGGGCAGAAAAAAGAUGGAGGACGGAGAGAUAGAGGAGGGAAUGGUGGUGGAAGAGAGCUCACCAGCUCCGCCGCGGAAGCCUGAGAAAUCUCCUUACGAUAUGCUUAAAGAAAGCAAAGCCUCGGUAGAAGAGAUCGUCACCAAAAUCCUCUCAAUCAAAAACGAAAACAAACCAAAAUCCCAACUCAGAGAACAAGUCACCCAAAUGUUCCUCCACUUCGUCACUCUCCGCCAGGCGAAUCGUAUUAUACUGUUGGAGGAAGACAAAGUGAAAGCGGAGACGGAACGCGCGAAGGCGCCGGUGGAUUUCACGACGCUGCAGCUUCACAAUUUAAUGUACGAGAAGAGUCAUUACUUGAAAGCUAUAAAAACUUGCAAAGAUUUCAAAUCUAAGUAUCCUGAUAUCGAACUUGUACCGGAGGAUGAGUUUCUUCGUGACGCUCCUGAGGAAAUUAAGGGUUUGAAUUUGUCUGAUGAUAGCUCCCAUAAUUUGAUGCUUAAAAGGCUAAACUAUGAGCUCUUCCAGCGGAAAGAGCUAUGCAAACUUCUAGAAAAGUUGGAACAACAAAAGAAAAGUCUUCUAGAGGUGAUAGCGAAUCGGAAGAAGUUUCUGUCAAGCCUGCCUUCACACCUCAAGUCCCUUAAGAAAGCAUCAUUGCCUGUACAGAAUCAAUUGGGUGUUUUGCAUACUAAGAAACUGAAGCAACAUCAUUUGGCUGAACUGCUUCCACCUCCACUUUACGUGAUUUACUCACAGUUCAUGGCCCAGAAGGAAGCAUUUGGUGAAGAUGUCGAUCUGGAGAUCAUAGGUAGUAUGAAGGACGCUCAAGCUUUGGCUCGCCAGCAAGCAAAUAAAGACAAUGGUUUACCUACUAGCAUAGAGAGCUCAAGGUUGGAGGAUGAUGGUCCAGAUGAGGAAGAUGAUGGCCAGAGAAGGAGAAAGCGGCCAAAGAGGGUUCCAAGCAAGGAGUCUAUUGACCAGGCAGGAGUCUAUCAAGUCCAUCCUUUGAAAAUUAUCCUUCACAUAUUCGAUGAUGAGGCAUCUGAUCCUAGAUCCACAAAACUUAUCACUUUGAAGUUUGAGUACUUGUUAAAGUUGAAUGUUGUUUGUGUUGGGAUUGAAGGGUCAACUGAAGGACCUGAGUCUAAUAUCCUUUGCAAUUUAUUUCCUGAUGACACUGGCCUUGAUCUGCCUCAUCAGUCAGCCAAGCUCUUCGUUGGUGAUGCUGCUAUGUUUGAUGAAAAGAGAAUUUCACGUCCAUAUAAGUGGGCCCAGCAUUUGGCAGGAAUUGAUUUCUUACCUGAGGUUUCACCAUUGCUUAAUAGCCAUGAAACUUCAAACGGUGAAACCAAAAGUGAUGCUGUUAUUUCUGGUCUUGCAUUGUAUCGCCAGCAGAACCGAGUGCAGACGGUUAUGCAAAGAAUCCGCUCACGGAAAAAAGCAGAUCUGGCUCUUGCGGAACAGCUUGAUUCACUUAUGAAGCUUAAAUGGCCUUCUCUGAAUUGUAAAAGUGUUCCAUGGGCCUCGCAUAGCCCUUUAUGCAGUUUACAUAGUUGGUCAUCUGUAGGAUCCAAAGUCAACGAGGCUUCAUCUCAACCUGUUGCUGAUGCAGAACCAGUUCAAGAACCUAUGGAUGUUGAUCUGGAUGGAAGAUCUGGUAUGUCAAAGGAAGAGCUGGAGGGUUUAAGGGAAGAUGGGGAGCUUCCAUCUUUGCUUUCAGCUCCAUCUGUCACAAUUGAUGCUAAACUUACUCUAUUAAAGGAAUCUAGUCUUAAUCAUUCCAAGCAGUUGGCUUUGACUUCAAAAAGCAUUUUGUCCCCAGUCAGUAAGGGAAAAUCACCAAGUUUCAUAAAACGUGAUGAUGAUUCUGACUUCAUUCUGGAGACUGAUAGUGAUCUGGAUGAGCCCACAGAGACAGAGACUGAAAACUCUGCUUCUACUCAGUGCUAUGAAAUCGCUGAAAAAUCAUGGGUGGACUAUUGUAUCAAGGAAUUUAUUCUUCUUUUAACAAGGAAAAUGGACACAAGUGGGAGGAAUAUGAAACUCGAAGCCAAGGUUAAGAUCAGUAUGGAGUACCCUCUUAGGCCUCCUCUAUUUUCACUGAAUCUUUACUCUUCCCCUCUAGAUAAUUCUUCUGAGAAUGACUAUUCUGAGUGGCAAAAUGAAGUUCGUGCUAUGGAAGCUGAGGUAAAUCUUCAUAUGUUAAAGAUGGUACCCCCAGAUGUAGAAAACUAUACAUUAUCACACCAAGUAUACUGUCUUGCUAUGUUGUUUGACUAUUACAUGGAUGAGGCAACUUCAUCUUCUGAAAAGAGGAAGAGCAGUUCUGUGAUUGAUGUUGGCUUGUGUAAACCUGUUAGUGGUAAACUGCUUGCAAGAUCAUUUAGAGGGAGGGAUCGUAGGAAAAUGAUAUCCUGGAAGGACAUGGAAUGCACUAUUGGCUAUCCUUUUUAGAAUUAAGGUUCUGAUCUGAAAGUAAUGAUGUUAUUCUGCUGAGCUGCCAGUUUGCUGGAUGAGGUUCAGAGGAUGUAACUUGAAGAUGAUUCUUUAACCAAAGAAGGGAUUAGGGAUGGACCUUUCCUGCAGCUAAACAGUGAAUCUACUAGUGAACGUGAGUUUGCUUUGACAACUUGAAGGGAAUUGUUUCAAUAUGGAACUGACUCUCCAGAUUCUUUCUGCCCCUUGAUUACACAAGUUGCAUUGCUAUCGGUUGAGAACCUUGGGGACUGGGGCCACUCUGGUUGUAAUCAAUUUUUUUUUCUUAAUCACUCACCGUUGAGAUGGAAAGGUAAUGUCUUUCGCCCAUAUUUGUUGAUUUGGGAAUCAGUUUAAUUGGUUUCUCAAAUUUGGGCAUACAGAUAAUAUUCAGUAUUAUGAACAGGCGUAGAGAGUUUACCCGCACGCUGUUUUACUCCAUUUCUCCUUAAUGUAUUUCUUUUCAAUGAGCAAUCAGUGGCUGAAAGCACAGAGAUUGUGCAUUUGAUUGGUUACUUUUACAAUAUAUUUAUUUUCAAUGAACAAUCAGGGGCAGAAAGCGGAGAUUGUGCAUAUCAUUGGUUACUUCUACUAAGAGACUGAAGGAUUAGAUGGAAAAGACGUAAGCAUAAGGAUGCACUAUCCUCACUACUCCAUAAGCAGAGGCAGAGUUUACAAAACAUCUGUAGACCCCGAUCUCUACUACCCGAAACGCUGAAUUAAGGUUGUCUACAAGUCCCAUUCUGGUUACUAACAAAAUGGUUACCUUAAAUGGUUACGGAAGUAAGGAUUUGCGUGAGCUUUCGGGGCCCGAGUGUUAGAUUAAAUUUUCGGCAAGUUUAGGUGCCCAGCACCAAAUACAGAAAUGAAUAAUUCAUAACCAGUGUA